AUGGUUGGCUCUAAUGACCAAAAACUUCCCGGAAUUGGGAUUGAGAAAAGAAGAUUGUGUGGAAGGAAAUUGGGAGACUUUUGGGUCCUAGAUACUGAUAUAUGGCAAUGGUCUGAACUUACCAGCUUUGGUGAUUUACCUUCACCAAGAGAUUUUGCUGCUGCUUCAGCCAUUAGGAACCAUAAAAUAGUAAUGUAUGGUGGAUGGGAUGGUAAAAAGUGGUUAUCAGAUGUAUUUGUCUUGGAUACAAUGUCAUUGGAGUGGAGAGAGUUAGCAGUUACAGGAACAUUGCCACCACCAAGGUGUGGUCAUACAGCCACUAUGGUUGAGAAACGGUUGCUUGUAUAUGGUGGCAGAGGAGGUGGAGGACCAAUCAUGGGUGAUUUAUGGGCUUUAAAGGGUCUCAUUGAAGAAGAUAACGAAGCACCUGGAUGGACACAGUUAAAGCUGCCCGGGCAAGCUCCAACUGCCCGAUGCGGGCAUACUGUCACCUAUGGAGGCCACUAUCUUCUCAUGUUUGGAGGCCAUGGAACCGGUGGUUGGUUGAGUCGCUAUGAUGUUUACUACAAUGAUUGUGUUGUUUUAGACAGGGUGUCUGUGCAGUGGAAACGCCUUGCAGCUAAUACUGAAGCUCCUGCUGCACGUGCUUACCACUCCAUGACAUGUAUUGGCCCAUGUUAUCUCUUAUUUGGUGGCUUUGAUGGAAAACUCACAUUUGGUGAUCUAUGGUGGUUAGUUCCUGAAGAUGAUCCUAUUUCAAAGCGAUCAGAAGUAAUUCAAGAGACCCGGAAUGACUUCCAAUCUGAAACAAAGGUAUCAGUUCAGCAACAAACUUUCACUUUUUGA